AUGGAGAGCGAGAGUGUGGCCCUACCUCCCACGCGGGUCGACCUGCAAGCACGGGACGGCAGCCCCGCGUUGCCGCCACCGCCGCCGGCCAACCUGCGCGGGUUCCUGAAGAAGCAGGGUCCGGGCUUCUCCUCCAAGUGGCAGCUGCGGUGGUUCGAGCAGAAGGGCAACCGCCUGUACUACUACAAGCCCUCGUCCCUCUCCUUCUCCAUCACCUCCGCCGACCUGGGCGAUGCCGACGCCGGCGACCUCGACCUGACGAUCGACGACAACGACAACAGCAACCCGUCGUCGCCUUCGAUGUCGUCGCCCAGAGCCACGUCGCCGCCGACGCGGUCGCUGUCAGAGCCGCGGUUUAGAAAGUCAGGCGGCGGCAUCAACGUGUCGUCGGGCCGCGGCAUGAAAGAGAUCGCAGAGAGCGACAAGAAGAAGCAGAAGAAAGAGAAGAAAGAGAAGAAGAACAAGAUCAAGAAAGAAGAGAAUGGCGCGGGGAAGGCAGAUGGCGAUGACAGUGAUGAUGUCGGUGAUGAUGAGAAUGGCAACCAUGCUGAUGGUGGUGGUGGUGGUGAUGAUGACGGUGAUGAGGAGCAGCCGCCGAUGCCGAAUCCGCGCGGGUUCAUCGAGCUGCGGAAGGUGUCGGCGAUCGCGGGGCGCGCGAACGACAUCAACGCGGCGAAGAACCUCGAGAAGUACCACUUCUACUUCGACCUCUACACCGCCGAGCGCGUCUUCCGCCUCGCCGCCUCCACCGAAGAGCACUAUCUGUACUGGAACGAGGGCCUGAAGAGGUGGAAGCGCCACACGUCGUCUUUGCUGCCUCCGCUGCAGUUGACGCCUCCACUCUCGGCUUCGCCCGGCAUCCCCUCCUCCUUUGGGUCCGACACUUCCACAUCUUCUUCAUCAUCGUCACCCUCCUCCUCUUCAUCGUCGUCAUCGUCAUCGUCUUCGUCUUCGCUCUCCACAUCGUCGUCGUCGCUCUCUGUGGGACUUCUGGCCCCGUCUCCCAACUCGCCCCUGCCACCUACCCUCGUCGUCGCUGUCAUCGUCGCUCUCGCCCAUCGGCUCGCCGACCUGUCCCUCGACGCCAGGGACGAGCCCGAUUGGACGCGGAAGAACACCAAGUUUGGUUACACCUCCAUGCGGGAGGACAGGGCCUCGUCCCACCGGCGCGGGUUGGGCCUCGGGUCGAUGGGAUCGGGCAGGCCGCUGGCGGCGGCGGCGGAGGACAAGCAGCUGCGUCGCGGCCGCUCCGUCCGCAGCACGCGCGACUUUAUGCUGCGGACGCAGCCUCUGCCGUCGUCGGCCUCGGCCUUAUCGUCGGCGUCCAUGCCCUCCCUCCCGCUCCUCGCCCCGGCGGCCAGCGACGAUCGAAGCCGCGAACUGCUCCUCGAGCGCGAGAAGGACCUCCAGGAGCUCCUCGCCCUCAAGUUGAAGGAGGAGCUGGCGCGCCGAGGUGGAGCCGGCGCGGGCCUCGAACUCGAGCGACGCGGUGCUCACCCAGCGCAAGGCGACCAACUUCAUCGGCACCCGCGGCGGCCCGGCCCCAAUGCCGACGACGCCGACGCCGACGCCCGACGCGGCGGCUCUCAGGAUCGCGUCGGAGGCGGCGCGGCGGCUGGCGGACGAGCUGGCCCGGGAGCGGAGCGAGGCCUGCAGUGGCGCAUCGCGGCCAAGGAGACCGAGCUGGCCCUCAAGCAGGAGCUGCUCGAGCGCGAGAUGGUCAUCAAGCACCUCCACUUCGUCAUCGACGACCUCGACAAGCAGCAGCAGCAGCAGCAGCAAGAUGUCGACAACGCCAACAACAGCGGCGAUGUCGACACUGUCGCUACUGUCGACGAGCCCGUGGCCGCGGUUGUCGACAGUGUUGACGACUCGAUGGUGGCGGCCGCGGCGGUCGCGGCGACUGGGAAGGAGUGGGGCCGGGAGAGCAGGCGGCGGGAGAAGAAGGAGGAGAAGGAGGAGCGCGAGCGCGAGAAGCGGGAGCAGAGGGAGCAGCGCGAGCGCGAGAAGCGGGAACACCGCGCGUCGCUGGGCGGAAGCGGUAGCGGGAGUGGUAAGGCCGGGCGAAAGAAGGAGAGCAAGGCCACCUACGAGGAGGCGCGCAGGCAGCUCGAGCAGGAGCGCAAGGAGCAUCGCCUCGCCUCCAAUUUUCUGCGAUCACAGUGCGAGCUGUUGGAGGCGCAAAAGGUGGCGGCGGAGGAGAGCUUCGCGCAGUUGCGGCAGACCCUGGAGAAGGAAAUCGUCGACGCGCGCACCCGGUGCCUCGAACUCGAGAGACUCCGCUUCGCUCCCGAGGAGGUCGGGGACAGCCGCCUGGGGCACUUACGCCACCACACAGGGCCGGCCGCACUCUCCCACCGACCGUCGGCCGACGCCGGCGCCGACUGA